AUGGAAUCGGAAGAGGGUUUUUCAGAGGACAUAGCGAAUCCGAUGAAGAGGAGGUACUCACGGUCGGAGCUGGAGUCUUUGAGGUUCGCCGGCGUCGAUUACCAGCGCCGGUUGUGGGACGAGUUGUCUCCGGCACCCAAAAACAGCAGCCUCAGAGGAAGCCGAAGAAGAAGGAGCCUCCCUAUCACCUUCUCUGAAGUUCUCACUGAAAACUUUGGCCUUGGUCUGGAUGAAUUGGAUGAGACUGAUGAUCUUGCUAAUAACUAUUUGGCUGGUAACUCAAGCGGCAUUGAUGUGGAAGAGACGUUUGAAGAUGAUGAUGACAGCAGUGAUGGUGAAUCUGAUAGCAUUCAGAGACCUGCCUUCUAUGUUGAAGGAGAACCUGAUUUUGAGUCAGGUUCUCCACAAGAUGGUAUGGAGUAUCUUAGACGUGUUAGGUGGGAAGCUAAUCAAAUUCCAAAGGUGAAGGUGGCUAAGCUUAAACCAAACAAGAUUAGCAAUGAACAGACAAAUUACAUGCCCAACAUCCCUGAAAUUCAAAAGUGUCCACCAAACUUACUGCCUUCAAAACAAUGGGAGGAGGCUUUUUCUCUGAAUUUUUUUAAAAUCAUUUUUCAUCCAUGGUCUUCCCUCUUGACUUGCUUGGUGUAUAUUCCUGCUAUUGAUGCUGCAACUUUCCAGGCAUUUUCAGGUCUAGAAAAUCCUUGCAAUCAACUUUUCAAUUCAGAAAUUUCUCAGAAUUCUUGCAAGAAAUUCGAGGGCAAACAAUGGCCGGAGGGUACUCCUACAGUAAGUGCGAUUCUGUGCAUGGAUGUUGUUUCUCGAGCUGCGACACUACAAAAGAUCAUAAGUAUGCUUGAGACUGCAAGGUCUCUUUCAAAGAAUGACUGUCAAUGGUUGUUUGCACUGUGUGUGUCAGUGGAUAAUCCACUCCAUGCAGAGACUAGUGCUUCUCUCAGAUGUUUGCUCCGGAAGUGCAUGAGCCUCCUGGCCGAAAAGUCAGAAUUUGAUGACGAGGUGGUGAUGUUGAACAUGCUGGCUACUAUUGCAGGAAAAUACUUUGGUCAGUCUGGGAAAUAAUGAUUAUUGGAGCAUGAAGAAUCGGCCAUAUGUGAUAUACAGUGGAAAUUGUGUGCUGUAAAUGGAGCUUUUUCUUAUCAAUAUCACACUGAAACACCAGUUGAUGAUGUUAUGA